AUGUAUAACAUCCGCAAUUACAACGUACAAAGGUCAAAUUUCAUUUCAGUUCCCACCACACAGUUACAGUUCCAACCACACGGUUACAGUUCCCACCACACGGUCACAGUUCCCACCACACACCACACAGUUCCCACCACACACCACACAGUUCCCACCACACAGUUCCCACCACACGGUUCCCACAAUCCACCACACAGUUCCCACCACACGGUUACAGUUCCCACCACAGUUCCCACCACACGGUUACAGUUCCCACCACAGUUCCCCCCACACGGUUACAGUUCACACCACACAGUUCACACCACACGGUUACAGUUCACACCACACGGUCACAGUUCACACCACACUGUUACAGUCCACACCACACAGUUCACACCACACAGUUCCCACCACACGGUUACAGUUCCCACCACACGGUUACAGUUCCAACCACAGAGACACGGUUACAGUCCACACCCCCCUGUCCCAGUCCACACCACCCAGUUCACACCACACGGUCGCAGUUCACACCACCCUGUUACAGUCCACACAACACAGUUCACACCACGCGGUUACAGUUCCCGCCACACACCACACACCUCCCACCACACGGUAACAGUUCCCACCACACACCACCCAGUUCACACCACACGGUCGCAGUUCACACCACACGAUUACAGUUCACACCACACCGUUCACACCAAACAGUUCACACCACACAGUCCCCACCACACACCACCCAGUUCACACCCCACAGUUCCCACCAUCCACCACACAGUUCCCACCACACAUCUACCACCACACAGUUCACACCACACUGUUCACACCACACACCACACAGUUCCCAUCACACGGUUACAGUUGCCACCACACAGUUCACACCACACGGUCACAGUUUCCGACACACGGUUACAGUUCACACCACACGGUUAUAGUUCCCACCACACAGUUCCCACCACACACCACACAGUUCCCACCACACGGUUACAGUUCACACCACACACCACACAGUUCCCACCACACGGUUACAGUUCCCACCACACAGUUCCCACCACACACCACACAGUUCCCACCACACAGUUCACACCACACAGUUCACACCACACAGUUCACACCACACGGUUACAGUUCCCACAACACGGUUACAGUUCCCACCACACGGUUACAGUUCCCACCACCCGGUUACAGUUCCCACCACACGGUUACAGUUCACACCACACACCACCCAGUUCCCACCACACGGUUACAGUUCACACCACACACCACCCAGUUCCCACCACACGGUUACAGUUCACACCACACACCACCCAGUUCCCACCACACGGUUACAGUUCCCACCACCCGGUUACAGUUCCCACCACACAGUUCCCACCACACCCCACACAGUUCCCACCACACACCACACAGUUCCCGCCACACAGUUCCCACCACACAGUUCACACCACACAGUUCACACCACACGGAUACAGUUCCCACCACACGGUUACAGUUCCCACCACAGUUCCCACCACACGGAUACAGUUCCCACCACACGGUUACAGUUCCCAUCACACGGUUAUAGUUCCCCCCACACGGUUACAGUUCCCACCACACAGUUCCCACCACACGGUUCACACCACACAGUUCCCACCAUCCACCACACAGUUCCCACCACACAUCUACCACCACACAUUUCACACCACACUGUUCACACCACACACCACACAGUUCCCAUCACACGGUUACAGUUCACACCACACGGUUACAGUUCCCCCCACACGGUUACAGUUCCCACCACAGUUCCCCCCACACGGUUACAGUUCACACCACACAGUUCCCACCACACGGUUACAGUUCCACCACACGGUUACAGUCCCCACCACAGUUCCCACCACACGGUUACAGUCCCCACCACAGUUCCCACCACACGGUUACAGUCCCCACCACAGUUCCCACCACACGGUUACAGUUCACACCACACGGUUACAGUUCCCCCCACACGGUUACAGUUCCCACCACACAGUUCCCACCACACAGUUCCCACCACACGGUUCACACCACACAGUUCCCACCAUCCACCACACAGUUCCCACCACACAUCUACCACCACACAUUUCACACCACACUGUUCACACCACACACCACACAGUUCCCAUCACACGGUUACAGUUGCCACCACACGGUUACAGUUCCCACCACACGGUUACAGUUCCCACCACACACCACACAGUUCCCGCCACACAGUUCCCACCACACAGUUCACACCACACAGUUCCCACCACACGGUUACAGUUCCACCACACGGUUACAGUUCCCACCACAGUUCCCACCACACGGUUACAGUUCACACCACACGGUUACAGUUCACACCACACAGUUCCCACCACACGGUUACAGUUCCCAUCACACGGUUAUAGUUCCCCCCACACGGUUACAGUUCCCACCACACAGUUCCCACCACACAGCUCCCACCACACGGUUCACACCACACAGUUCCCACCAUCCCCCACACAGUUCACACCACACGGUUACAGUUCCCACCACACAGUUCCCACCACACAGUUCCCACCACACGGUUCACACCACACAGUUCCCACCAUCCACCACACAGUUCACACCACACGGUUACAGUUCCCACCACACAGUUCCCACCACACACAACACAGUUCCCACCACACACCACACAGUUCCCACCACCCACCACACAGUUCCCACCACACACCACACAGUUCCCACCACACACCACACAGUUCCCACCACACGGUAACAGUUCCCACCACACACCACACAGUUCCCACCACACAGUUUCCACCACACGGUUACAGUUCCCACCACACAGUUCCCACCACACACGACACAGUUCCCACCACACAGUUUCCACCACACGGUUACAGUUCCCACCACACAGUUAUAGUUCCCACCACUAUAAUCGAGUCGGUGUAA